AUCGCAUGUUGUUUUAUGGAGUUUGGUGCGGUGUUCAGAAGUUUGACUUUUCCUCAGAUCUUCAACUUCAACAAGAAACCUGCUGAGGAGGAGGAGGAUGAAGAUCUGUCAGACAGUGAGGACAGUGUCUUUUCAGGACUGGAGGAUUCUGGGAGUGACAGUGAGGAUGAAGAGGAAGAGGAAGGAUCUAAUGACAAAGAAGAUGGUGAUGAUGAAGGUCUGACGACAGGGCCAGAGGAGACUGAGCAGAUAGAGGAGGUGAAGGGAGGAGUAACCCAAAAAAAGCAAGAAGACGAAUACGAACGUGACUCUUCAGAUGAAGAGGACAUAAGGAACACAGUGGGGAACAUUCCCAUGGAGUGGUACAGAGACUUCCCUCACAUUGGCUACGACCUGGACGGGAAGAAGAUCUACAAACCAAUCAGGAACAAGGACGAGCUUGACGACUUCCUGGACAAAAUGGAGAACCCAGACUAUUGGAGAACGGUCCACGAUAAGCAGACAGGAAGUGACAUUGUGCUGUCGGAUGAGCAGGUGGAGCUGGUGAACCGUCUGCAGAGAGGACAGUUUGGAGACGUCAACUUCAACGAGUACCAGCCCCAGGUGGAGUUCUUCAGUGGAGACCUGAUGGUCCACCCGGUAUCCAACAGACCGGCAGACAAGCGCAGUUUCAUCCCGUCCCUCAUUGAGAAGGAGAAGGUCUCCAAACUGGUCCACGCCAUAAAGAUGGGUUGGAUCAAACCGCGGCGGCAGGAUGACGACAGCAGGGGGCGGUACUACGACCUCUGGACCAAUGAGGACUCUUCUAUCCUCGCAAAACACAGGAUGCACCUGCCCGCCCCAAAAAUCCCCCUACCUGGUCACCACGAGUCCUACAACCCCCCACCUGAGUACCUGUUCACUGACGAGGAGAGGGCUCUAUGGGAGCAGCAGGAUCUGUCAGACAGGAAGUUCCCAUUUGUUCCACAGAGGUUCUCCAGCCUCCGUCAGGUUCCAGCAUUUCCUCGGUUCAUUCACGAGAGGUUCGAGCGCUGCCUCGACCUUUACCUGUGCCCACGCCAGCGAAAGAUGAGGGUGAACGUGAAUCCAGAAGAUCUGAUUCCCAAACUUCCAAAACCCAAAGACCUGCAGCCCUUCCCAACAACACAGUCUCUGGUGUUUCGGGGUCACAGUGGUUUGGUUCGUUCCAUCAGUGUUUCUCCAUCAGGACAGUGGCUGGCCUCAGGUAACAGUACUGACUGUGUACUCUGUGUACUGACUGUGUACUGA